GCGGGAGCGCGCAGGGCCCGCCUCGGACGCGCGCGCACGCUCCCCGCCCCCAAUCCGGGAGCCGCUGGCGGCCGGCUCCGCGCCUCAUCGCCGGGUGCAGCGCAGCUCAGCUCGGUGCAACACGACUGCUUUUCUGCAGCGGAGUGGUCGGGGCUGUUCAGGACAAAGGUGUGAGCAGAAUACUGGACUGGCUGGUCCAUCAUGGCGGAGAAAGUGAACAACUUCCCACCGCUGCCCAAAUUUAUCCCGCUGAAGCCAUGUUUCUACCAGGACUUUGAAGCAGACAUCCCUCCUCAGCAUCUCAGCUUGACCAAGCGCCUCUACUACCUCUGGAUGUUGAACAGCGUCACGCUGGCCGUGAACCUGGUGGGCUGUCUCGCGUGGCUGAUCGGAGGCGGGGGAGCCACCAACUUUGGCCUCGCCUUUCUCUGGCUCAUCCUCUUCACACCUUGCUCCUACGUCUGCUGGUUUCGGCCCAUUUACAAGGCCUUCAAGACAGACAGCUCCUUCAGCUUCAUGGCCUUCUUCUUCACCUUCAUGGCCCAGUUGGUCAUUAGCAUCAUCCAGGCUGUGGGAAUUCCAGGCUGGGGUGUCUGCGGCUGGAUCGCCACCAUCUCCUUCUUCGGUACGAACAUUGGCUCAGCGGUGGUGAUGCUCAUUCCCACGGUCAUGUUUACAGUUGUGGCUGUCUUUUCCUUCAUCGCCCUUAGCAUGGUUCAUAAGUUCUACCGGGGCAGCGGGGGCAGUUUCAGCAAAGCUCAGGAGGAAUGGACCACUGGUGCAUGGAAGAACCCACAUGUGCAACAGGCAGCCCAGAAUGCAGCCAUGGGGGCUGCACAGGGUGCCAUGAAUCAACCGCAGACUCAAUAUUCUGCCACCCCCAACUACACAUACUCUAAUGAGAUGUGAGCCGGCCAAGCCCACUAGGAGGCAGGGCUGGGGGCCAGUGGGACAGGGGGCUCAAGCCACAUCAUCUGUGUGGUGACCAAGCAGGGUUCCCCCUUCCCUUUUCUCCUCCCCAACUUUGUACAAAGAAUCAGAGUUAUAUAUAUAUAUAUAUAUGUAAAUAUAUAUGUAUAUGUCUAUCCCCUGCCCCACCUUUUGGGUCCUGCUCUUGGCACCUCAAGAGCUGUGGGCUGCACAGGGAGUGGUCCUGUGCACUAGUGGCCGCGUCCAUGUCCCCUCGUGAAAUAAUGUGCAGUGGCGAUCUCUUUUUUUUUUUUUUUUUUUUUUUUUUU